AUGGAGGUUACCCAGGAAGUGGUGGGUAUAUAUGGCGGUGGUUAUCCUGGUCAUGGUGGUUAUGGUGGUGGCUAUCCUGGCCGUGGCGGCUACGGAGGUGGUUACCCUGGACGUGGCGGCUACGGAGGUGGUUACCCUGGACGUGGCGGCUAUGGUGGUGGCUAUGGGGGAGGAUAUUGCCGAUAUGGAUGCUGUGGCGGAUGGUACGGAGGAAUCUGUAGAAGAUGCUGUUAUUAUGGUGAAGCUGUGGAUGCGCAACUAGAUACUGAAACCCAUUACUAA